UCCAGAGUGUCACCUGUGGGUCACAGUUUAUUACCCUCCAGACGAGGACACUGCUGUUCAGAUGUGACCAGGUGAAGGGAGUGGGAUGUGCACGUGACCCACUGCCCCAGGUGCCUGGUCAGUACAGCACAAGGGAGAGGGGGCUCAAGUAGACAAGUCUGUGUGUGUGUAUGGGGGGGCAGGGUUCAGAACCACAGUCGUCCCGGCUCCUCCCCGAAGCCUGUUUCCAGCGCCACCCCAGCCACCCCUUUCUGCAGGCCUCUGCUCCUUGGCAGAGCUGUGGGCUGGGCCUGCCCAGCCAGGCUGGACAGGAGUGCCCAAAAGAUCCCCAGGGGGAAGCCAGGGGUGCAGAGUGCCUGUACCCCUGGGAAGCCACCCCCUGCUUGGGGCGUGGAUGUGGCAGAGGCCCCAUGUAUGACCUUGUGGCUGACAUUCCUCAGUGUCCACGUGGCCCCAACUGGCAGGGACAGCUGCGGGCAGGGGCAGAAGCUGCUUUGUUCCCGGGGUGGCGCCAGCCCUCCAUCCAGGCCCCACUCUGCUCUUUGCCUGGGAGAGUGGAGGAGGCUCCUUGAUAUGAGUGUGUAGAGACCCAGAGCCACCAGGGAUUCCUUCAGCGGGGAGCUUGGGGCUGGAAGGAUGGGGCAGGACCAGGCCAAGCAGCAGAUCGAGAAGGGACUCCAACUGUACCGGUCGAACCAGACAGAGAAGGCACUGCAGGUGUGGAUGAAGGUUCUGGAGAAGAGCGCAGACCUGGUGGGGCGUUUCCGUGUGUUGGGCUGCCUGGUCACAGCACACUCGGAGAUGGGCCGCUACAAGGAAAUGCUGAAGUUCGCUGUGGUGCAGAUCGACACGGCCCGGGAGCUAGAGGACGCCGACUUCCUCCUGGAGAGCUACCUGAACCUGGCGCGCAGCAAUGAGAAGUUGUGUGAGUUCCACAAGACCAUCUCCUACUGUAAGACCUGCCUGGGUCUGCCAGGCACCAGGGCAGGUGCCCAGCUCGGGGGCCAGGUCAGCCUGAGCAUGGGCAAUGCCUUCCUGGGCCUCAGCCUCUUCCAGAAGGCCCUGGAGAGCUUCGAGAAGGCCCUGCGCUAUGCCCACAACAACGAUGACGCCAUGCUGGAGUGCCGUGUUUGCUGCAGCCUGGGCAGCUUCUAUGCCCAGGUCAAGGAUUACGAGAAAGCCCUCUUCUUCCCAUGCAAGGCGGCUGAGCUCGUCAACGACUAUGGGAAAGGCUGGAGCCUCAAGUACCGGGCCAUGAGCCAGUACCACAUGGCUGUGGCCUAUCGCUUGCUGGGCCACCUGGGCAGUGCCAUGGAGUGCUGUGAGGAGUCUAUGAAGAUUGCUCUGCAGCACGGGGACCGGCCGCUGCAGGCACUUUGCCUGCUCUGCUUUGCUGACAUCCACCGCAGCCGAGGCGACCUGGAGACAGCCUUCCCCAGGUACGACUCUGCCAUGAGCAUCAUGACCGAGAUUGGAAACCGCCUGGGGCAGGUGCAGGUGCUGCUGGGUGUGGCCAAGUGCUGGGUGGCCCGCAAGGCCCUGGACAAGGCUCUGGAUGCCAUUGAGAAAGCCCAGGACCUGGCUGAAGAAGUGGGGAACAAGCUGAGCCAGCUCAAGCUGCACUGCCUGAGCGAGGGCAUCUACCGCAGCAAGGGUCUGCAGCGGGAGCUGCGCGCCCAGGUCGUGCGCUUCCACGAGUGCGUGGAGGAGACGGAGCUGUACUGCGGCCUGUGUGGAGAGUCCAUCGGAGAGCGCAACAGCCGCCUGCAGGCCCUGCCCUGCUCGCAUAUCUUCCACCUUAGGUGUCUGCAGAACAACGGGACGCGGAGCUGCCCCAACUGCUGUCGAUCCUCCAUGAAACCUGGCUUCGUGUGACCCUGGGCUUCCACCUGGCCUCCUGGGUCCCUUCCCCACUGUCACGAGGGAGGCCCCUCACCAGCCUGGACACAGUGCCCUGCGCUGCUCCUCUAGGCUGCCCAAAACACCUCUUUGUACUUUGCUCUUUAUAGAAAAAUAAACCAUUUGUGCC